AUUAUAAUGUCCAUUAAAAUGUUUAACAAAUAAUACAGUUAACACUGGUUUACAUGACUAUAAUUUAAAUACUAUUUGAUCAAGAUUUAUGUGAUAAUAAUUACUGGUUCAAUGUAAAAAUACUUCAUUACACAAGGUAUUGAGGGAUUAUAAAUCUUAAUAAAAUUUAAUUAUGAAUACAACUGGCUAGAAGUUAUUAAUCUAAUUGAUAUUAAACGGAAUCAUUUAAUAUUUCAGGAUGAAAUUAGCAGGAUUUUAAAAAAAGUAAAUAUUUGCUUCUAUCAAAAUACAGUAUCCAAAAUAUCGAGGCGUACGCACAAUAUGCAUAUAUGCCAAUAAGAGACUGAUCAAUUUCAGUCCUAAAACAUCAAUGGGAAGAUUCAAGUAAAACAAUACCAAGUGAAUUAAUAAGAUAGAAGUUUUGAUUAUUCAACAGUGUUCUGAAAUCUUUACUUAUUUUUUCAUAACGAAUGUAUCAUUAUCUCACAAAUCAAUAAACAGUAGAGAUAUAUUGAUCGAUAAUUUUGUUGUUUGAUUAUAUUUUCCUUGAAAAAACUUGGACCAGUUUGCCAGGCGAAACGUUAGAUUUACUUCGAAUUCUUUCGCUGAGAUUUUACAAAUAUAUCCUUCCUCUUUAUUGACUCACAUUAACUUGGCGUACAAAUAUUGUGAAACUAUUCGUUCAAAUUUAGACGAAAGUUCUUAUUUGAUAUUGAUCAUUUGAUUUUAGCUUACUAGUUUCAAUGUAACGCGCUUAUCACGAGAACUAAAUGACCUGGACUCAAUUAUUGAACAGAUAAUGAAUAUACAAUGAUGAUAGGUCCUAUAUUAUGAAAAAAAAACAGUCUAUUGCUUUAAAGUUCAUCUGAUAUCUCAACUUAUGUCAUUGAGUGGUAAAUAUCAUAUAAAACGGAAAGUAUCAUUUGUUUUUGAUAAGUCUUUUAAAUGAACGCUUCUACAGUUAUUGAUAUUAGAUAAACAAAAAAGGAUUCUUCUAUUAUGGAUUCAUAUCGAUAACAUACAUAUUAGUGUCGAUUUUAAUAAUUAUGAUUAUAAUAAUUUGAAUGAAUCAAAGAAAUGAUUAGCGCUAAUGCAAUGUCAGUUUAAACGAUGUAUUUAUUCGGUUUUCAGGAUAUUCUCAUUUCGAUAAAAAGGUUUUGAGAUUCAUAAUACUAAUAACCAUGAUAAUGAUAAUGGUAUUAUGAAUAACAGUGAUGACAUGAAUGGAAAGACAAUAAAAUUAUUUUUCAUGGUACUUACAUAGUAAUUCAAUAGGUUUGGAAAAAGCGACAAAUCCCAACCCCGGAAAUUUCAACCCUCCUAAAACUACAGACAGAUCGUCUACACAUGCUCACGUCAAUCAAAUUUUCCUUAAUCAACCUCCAAGUCCCAGUCUCCCAACAUCAUCAAUAACCACAUCUCAAUCGCAUUUGCACUCACCAUCAACAGCAUAUUGGCCAGGAAAUUCUUUCAGUCCAUCAUCACCUAAUCAUAGUUUACACGCUUCACAAAAAACAAAUUAUCCGCUCUCAUCAUCUUCAGUAAAUGAUAAUAGUAAUAACUUUAAUGCAAACAAUUUGUUAUCAUAUGCUACAAAACCUCCUGCUUCUAAUUGUUCAUCAACACGUCUGUUGAAUGGAAGUAAUGGCAAAAGUCAACUACCAGUUCACAAACAGAUAUCCACUAAAUCAUCCAAUCACGUGUCUUUCAACCUACACAAUUCUCAAGAAGCUACAGCUGAACAUGAUUUGAGUAGUCUCCUAAGAGAACUUGAAGUGGUUGAAGAGAAAAUGAAAGAAUUAGAACAGGAAAAUAAUCAGUUCACUCGACGUUACAGUUUAGCUUCAUCGUCUAAUGGCAAACAUCCAACAUAUCCUGUUUCUGACAAAUCUACAGUAGAAACUUCAAACUCAUCAGUAAUAGUUAGUGAUCAACCUGUAAUUUCUUUAUCAGUGCCUGAUAGAAAAGAAAAUUUCAACAAAAGUAAUGGCUAUAUUUGUGCAGAAUGGGCAGCUAAAUUAAAUAAUGAUGAAUAUGAUCAUAAUGAUCAUAGUAGGUUUUUAAAGAAAGAUUCCUCACCCUCACCUCCUCCACCGCCGCCUGCAUUUCUUGGAGCUGGUGAUGCAUGUGCAAGCCCUACUAGUUCUCCGCCUAGUUCUUCAUAUUCCCCUCAUUCUCAAUUAAUCCAACAAUCAAAUGGUCCCUCACAAAUACCGCAAAAAUCUCCACAACGAAAUCAACUUAGAAGUGAUGAAUCAUGGUCUGUUAUUCAUGCGAACAACCCAAUGAAUGGAAUGAAACCACAUCAUUUAAAUUCAUAUGAUGGUGAUUUAAAUGACAAAGAUAGAGAAACAAUUCAAUUACAAAGGACAACUCAAGUUCCAGUUUAUAAUUCUCAAUCGUAUCAAAAUUUUGAUACUCAGAAACAGCUUAUUAAUGAACUAAGAGGAUUAUAUCGAAACUCAAGUACAAAAACGCAACCAAAAUAUUCUUUACAACCUAAUGUAGAGAAACAGAUAUACUAUCCAAAUACUUCUCCUAUUUCAUCUCCUACACCAAAUUACCAAGCAAAUUCAAAUUCUUAUAUCCCUACAUCAUCAUCUGAUCAACAUGAAAUCAUCAAAACUAAUAUUAAUAACAAUAAUAAUAACUCGUAUGUUCGUUCUAAGUGUUCCGAUGUUUACCGCUCAUAUGGAUCAUUAACCACUAAUCAAGGUACAAACAACUCUGAUCCAGGAAUAAUGAAAGAACGUGACUGUGAAGAAAAUAUUACAGUCAAUGAAACUGGCUGUUGGACACCAGAUCAAGUUUUUACACGACGUGAUUGCCUUAAAGCUAAUUCAUUGGCCGCAAGGGGUGGUAGCGAUGGUUUAUCGAAUUCAAUGAGUCCAGAAAGCUCAUUAUCAGAUAAAUCAGGUUCAGAAGCUAAUGAACUAAACCGUCUUCAUAUGUCAGACAGUUCAGAGAGUAAUCAUGCUAACAAAUUAGUAGUACGUGUAUUUCGUCCGGAUAGAACAACUAAAGCAAUAUUAAUUGAACAUCAAAUGACCGCUGGGGAAGUGGCUACUAUGAUGAUUGAAAAGAAUUUUUUACAACCUUCCGUACAUUUAGCUUUGGUAGAAAAAGUUCCAGCUUUAAAAAUAGAACGAGUAUUUGAAGAACAUGACAUUGUGUCUGAUUGUAUUUUGUCUUGGCCAACAAAAAGUCAAAAUAUGAUCUUCUUUGAAGAACGACCGGAUCACUUUGGUCUUGUUGAAUCACCAGAUUAUUGGAUUGGUGAAGAAACCACUACAAAACAAGCUUUUCAUAGUGCAGAAGCUAUUCAAACAAUGUUGAAUAAUAUUGAUACCAGUGGUUUUCCAGAAUGGCGUGAUUAUUUGUUUAUACGUAAACCUGGUGAUAAAUCAUGGUCACGUCGUUUAUGUGUUUUAAGAAGUUCCGGUUUGUACACUUCAAAUAAGAAUAAAAAGUCUUUCUCAUCUACAGAUCUUAUUCGUAUUCUGGUUUUGGAUGGACCUUUAAAACUUUAUACAACUACAGGAGGUUGGUCGCGGAUGCGUGCACCUACUCCACACGGUUUCGCCUUCAAGCCCUAUUCUGCACAAGAUCCUUCUUCUACACAUGUGUUUUGCUUCUGUGCAACAGAUGAGAAGGCAUUACGUCAUUGGGUUAGUCGGCUACGUGUUGCUAAAUACGGAAGACAACUACUAACCGAUUACCACAUGGCACUUAGUAGAGUUCACCAACUGAUUAGUUUACGCACUCAACUAAGUAUUAAUUCCAACCGUUCAAGUAAUAAUAUGAUAAAUUUGAACUUACAACCGAAAUUAUCUUUUGAUUAUUUUUCACAAUCGUCAUCAUCAAUACAUGUCCCAACAGCCAGUUCUACACGAAGUCUUUUAACUGCUAGUUCUUCUCCAUCAGUUUUCCCACGAGGCGAUCCACGUUACUCAGAAAAUCAACAUCAACAACAACAUUCAUGUAGUAGACAAUCAUUACAUCCAAAUAUUCAAUCAUCAUAUUCACCACGUCCUGUUUCUCCUUUAGGUAUGAGAGCAAGAAUGAUAACCAAUUCUGAGCAUCCUUGCCUUAUAAACAUGAAUCAUUCUUCAGGACAACUUAAAAACCAAAAUAAAUUCCCUCCAACUAUACAUAAUUCAUCAGAUAGAUAUAAAUGAUCAACAUCUUUCAACAUGUCAGUCAUCCUAUCAGUUGAUUUUUUUAAAAAUUCUCUAAAUUUAAGCAAUGACAGAAUCAUAAUAUCAAAUGUAUAAUUUAAAUAGAACCCAUGCUUUUCGACUGAAACUAACAAAUUGCGCACAAACAUACACCUUUAAGAUCUCUCUGUAUUAAUUAGAAAAGAAGUUAAACUAAGCAAAUUGUUACUUUUUUUUAACGCGAUCUUCCAUCAUUUAUGAUGACGACCAACACUAUUUCAUUAUUUAUAAAUUUCCUUACAAAUAUGAUCAAUCCUGUUAAUAGCAAUUAUAAUUAUCAACACAAAUAUUCAAUCAGAUUUCAGUAACAGAGCAUUUUUUGAGAUAUUAGAGAAAUCGCUGUUUCUAUCUUAUUGUACGUACAUAACAUUUUUUUUCUUUCUAUAUAAAACAUGAAGUUUGUGAUCAAUAACAGUAUUAUAAUUAUUUGAUUACUAAAGAUAUACUCUUAGUGGGAGAAUCUAACCUAAAAUAUUGAGGCCUCUGGUAUUUUUUAUCUCAAACAGUUAUAUAUAUAUUUCUUACAUGAAGUGGACAAUAUACUAAAAAUUGGCGCCAAUUUGUUUGUUACUUUUUUCCUACUGAAUAAUACUAAUUAACCUUUCAAUUAUAGAUAUUUUCUCUUAUCUUGAAUUACUAUCAAUUUGUAUUACUGUACCCUCACAAGUUUACAUACUUCUUUUUCCUAAAUUUAUUGUUUACUGCUGAGAUCUGAUUUCAACUGUAUAUUUAUAGUUUCAAUGGAAAUUAAUCAAUGUUGAUAAAGUUUCAUUUGGAAAGGAGACUAUGGUUUAAUGAUAUUUAAACAAUGUAUAACAUAAAUCAACUUAAAAUGAUAUUGUGAUUAUUAUUAUUAUUACUAACAUAGACUCUAUUCUCAUCAGGUCCAUUGUUUCAGAAACAUAUAAGUGAAUAAACGUAAUCGACAAAGUGAUCAUAGUUUCCUUUUUAAAAACAAAAUAAAUAAAACAUCUUUAGCAUUUAGACACUGUUUAUUUAGCUUUCUUUUUUCUCUCUCUUUAAUGUACAGCCUCAUUGUUCAAAACUUAACAAACAAAUAAAUCAGUGGUCCAAUAAGAAUUUGAUAC